AUGGCUCAUAAGUUGAGGGCAAGUCUAAGAGGUGGGUAUGAGUUUGUAAAGCCCAAAGUAGUUGACUAUAAAAAUUUAAGGAGAGAUAUCAACAGGGUUAUUGGUUAUAAAGAUGCCCAAAUGAAAGUAAACACAAUGAAUAACCGUCGAGCUCUCUAUCCAAAUUACUCAUUUGAGUUUAAUUGUCAAGAUGAUUUUAGGACUGUAUGUUUUGGGCUGAUGAAGAAGGCAUAUUAUGCUGAAUUUGGUGAUGUUAUGUCGUUUGAUGCAACUUUCCGAACAAACAAGUAUCGAAUGGUUUUUGUUCCAUUUACUGCUAUUGACCAUCGUAAAAAAUCAGUUACUGUUGGACCGGGGUUGCUAAGCAAUGAAAGAAUUAAGUCUUACUCUUGGUUGCUUAAAGCAUUUCUUAAAACUCAUGGGAAAAAACCAACACUUGUUUUAACUGAUCAAGAUGUUGCAAUAAAGCAAGCUGUUGAGAAUAUAUCAUAUGAUUUAUUUACGAACACAUACUUUAGAAGAAGGUUUUUGAAGCUUGUUUGGGACAUUAAUAUGAAACCUGAUGUUUUUGAGGUGAAGUGGGGUUUGUUUAUGAAGGAAUUCAAUCUUGAAGACACAAGAUGGUUUAAAGACAUGUUUACAAUACGUGAUUCAUGGAUACCUGGAUAUUUUAGUGAUAUUCCAAUGUGUAGUUUAAUGAAGACUACGUCGAGGUCAGAGGGUUGUCACAAUACAUACUCAUAUGUUGGUAUUGAAGAUGGUUGGGAAGUUUACAUUGCGCAGCACAACAACAGUAUAACCGAAUUUAAAAAUGAAUUUAAGGUUGGAAUAAAAGCUGAAGAGAAAGAAAUAAAUUGUAGUUGUGAACAUUUUAAAACUAUGGGUGUUUUAUGCAGACAUGCUUUUACAAUAAUGAUGAGAUGUGGUGUUAAAGAAAUUCCUGAAAUGUAUAUUUUGAAAAGAUGGAGAAAGGAUGUGAUAUCAAGAAAUUAUCAUUUUAGUUCUCUUCAAUCCGAUUCAGGUGAUUGUGAGAAUGUAAAGCUAAUCAAUGAUUCAUAUUAUAGUUUUCAAUCAUGUUUGGAUAUUAUAAGAGAUGACAAAAGGAGAUUGGGUUUGUUUGCUGAGAAACAACAAAUGUUGUUGAAGGAAUUCGAGAGUGGUUAUAUUUCUCCUGGAUUGAAAAGCAAGACAGAUGGUGAAGUUGUAUGCAAGCUUUUAGGUGUUACUAUUCCUAUUCCAAAACAGAUUAAUAUUCAUGUUCUUGAAGUUCAAAGCAAUAAAGGUUCUGGAAUCAAGAAAAGAAUUCCAAGUGCAGGUGAAGUAGCAUAUGAAAAUUCUAAAAAAAGAACAUAG